AUGUAUCAUAAGUUCGAUCUUGUGAUAUACCCUCGAGAAAACCUUUCCACUUUGGCGGGUGCAGUUUGGUUUUCACAAGUGGGUGAUUUUUCCUACUACACGGUAGCUUCAACCGACAUUGAUUUUAAAUACCUGCAUGAAAAUAAAGCAAACAAACUUUUUGACAUAUGGCCAGAAGUUUCAACAAAACUGAUAAGCGUUGCGAAAAAACGUGCCAAAGACUCAGACGUAUUAGAGUUUCUGAAGAAAUAUGAUGAGACCAUGAAAGAAGGUAACAAUGAAGUUAUCCAAAUCAUAUCAAUCUUGCUGUUACCUACAUUGUUAAAGACAGCGAGCUUUAAAUCAAAAACUUGCGGAAAACAUUGGAGACCUUCCUUGAAUGAAGUGCAGAGAGAAUUCAUACUUCACGCUUUGAGUUGAAUACGAAAUGCUUUCUGUUCUGAAAGCAGUACAUAUUUCCUACAAAUACUUCUUCGUGCUAAAUGCUGAUUAUCCCGUGGAAUCCAAACACAUCUGGACAUUUCUGCAACGUCACGUCUACGAUAUGACAAAUUCCAAUUUAAAAAAAUAUAUGUCGGUCAAUAAAAGCAGUAAACAAAGUAUAGUUGCGCAAAGACAGCUAGAAGAGCAGUAUUAUAAGUUCUUAGCUUUAAGUUUAAAGGCGCGUUAUAACUAAAGUAUUUACAUUUAAGCAGUAAACGUUCAAGUAUUCAACGUUUUAUUUCAAAUGAGAGCUUUAAGACUUGUUGCCAAAAAAGUUUGAUUAUAAGUUUUGUAAUCAUUAUAAAGCUGCGAAGUUGAUGAAGGUACUUAUAUCUGCGCCUCAUACUUUUAAUGUUUAAACUUAAAAAAUAAGGCGUGUUAUGAUCUAAAAAAGUGAGUUUGUUUCUAGUUUACUUAGUUACUUUUACGUAUUUAUAUGUUCGUGUUUUCAGUGAU